ACCGCCCACUCGAUCGCUGGCGUGUGGGAGGGGAGCAGGGUUUCUUUAAAAGCGGCGUCUGUUGCAAAAGAGCACACCGAUCUGUAGACCCGCACAGAAAAAACUAGAGGCAAAAUGGUUGAAUGGACAGACUUCGAGCGCGCCACCAUCCAGGACAUCUUCAGCAAGAUGGAGUAUGAGGUCGUGGGACCUGCAGCUCUUUCCAGGUGUCUGAUCGUCUACCCCUGGACUCAGAGGUAUUUCGGCAACUUUGGAAACCUCUACAACGCAGCUGCUAUCAUAGGGAAUCCUCUGAUUGCAAAACACGGAACAACUAUCCUCCACGGUCUGGACCGAGGUGUGAAGAACAUGGACGACAUCAAGGCGACCUAUGCCGAGCUGAGCGUGCUGCACUCCGAGAAACUGCACGUGGACCCCGACAAUUUCAGGCUCAUUUCCGACUGCCUGACCAUUGUGGUCGCUGCUCGGAUGGGUAAAGAAUUCACUGGUGAGGUCCAGGCAGCUUUCCAGAAGUUCAUCGCAGUGGUGGUGAACGCCCUGGGAAGACAGUACCACUAGAGAGCUGCAGCAGAAGACCAUCACUGAUCAAUUGUUUUAAAGCUUCUGUUUUUGUCUCAGAAACAAAUAAAACAAUGAGCUAAA